CCGACUUCCCGGCCACUCCAUAGAGUUAGGAAGCUUCUUUUUUUUAUCUCUCUCUCUAUGUAGCUAUACAUAUACGUGUACACUAUAUACGGUUGUUAUAUAUGUUUAAUCUUGAAGGAUUUCUUUACAUAUUUGAGAGUUAGCGUUGAGAUUGUUAGACAGAGUGAUGGGGAAUAAAAAUUAUUUGGCGAUGAAGACUGAUGCUUCGGCAACAGAAGAAUUGAUCACUUCCGAUUUGAAGGAUCUUGGCAACGCUGCCAAGAAACUGGCUAACCAUGCGAUUAAGCUUGGUGGGCUUGGAUUUGGGACUUCUUUCCUUCAAUGGGUGGUUUCAGUUGCUGCAAUAUAUUUGUUGAUCUUGGACCGUACCAACUGGAAGACCAACAUUCUUACGUCCCUUCUAAUCCCUUACAUUUUCUUGAGUCUGCCUUCAUUAGUGUUCAGCUUGUUCAGGGGAGAAGUUGGGAAAUGGAUAGCUUUCGUAGCCAUUGUAGUGCGCCUUUUCUUCCCACGGCAUUUUAUAGAUUGGCUAGAACUGCCAGCCGCAUUGAUUCUUCUCAUGGUGGUGUCACCCAGCUUUUUGGCCGACACUGUGAGGGGCAACUGGAUUGGUCUUGGGAUAUGUCUUGUCAUCGGGUGUUAUUUGCUGCAAGAACACAUCCGAGCAUCUGGUGGUUUCAGAAAUUCCUUUACAAAAACCAAUGGCAUUUCGAAUACUGUUGGCAUAAUCCUUCUGUUGGUCUAUCCAGUAUGGGGGCUGAUACUUUACAUCCUAUAGGCACCAUUACUAGUGCAGCUUCUGGAUUGUUUUCAAUUUGCAAAUCUGAACCUUACACCAUCUAUAUUACUAUUUGGUUUGUCAGCUGGAUUGUGUAAUUUGUAUUUCUUCUUAUAAAUCAGUCUGUUUUCUUUGGAUCAGAUCCUUGGGACCUAGUGUUUGAUACAAUUAUGUAUUGCAUAAGCAUCUGUUUUACUUGAGAAACCUAAAAGCUUGAAUCGAUAACCACUCGCCAAGCUGGAACAUGAGCAGAACUCAUAGCUUAGCUGGAUGAACUAUUAGUACUCCAACUGUUCUGUC